GAAGAGGCAGUGAGGGAGGGAGAGUGGGAGGCAGAGAGAGUGGGCGUGUAGGGAGGUCCACUUCCAGCUUCCUUCAACCAAUGAAGGCUUGUCACAGGGGACUCACGUGGACGAGGCGCUCUUAAAACCUAGCUCCUGACUUUUCCUCAAGUUCAAUUUUUUGGGAUUCCCUCCCACCCCGAUCACAUCUCGUCCCUUUACUUGCCAGUUGUGACUAUUUAACCCACUUUACCUCUGCUUUUUUUUCCUCACUUUUUUUUUUCCUGCUUCCGUGGAGCGCAGCUCAUCGUCCCGCGUCCUCUUCGUCUUUCUUUUCCUGCUGCAGCGCUAGGACUCGUCUCCUUCUCUGCUUCGGUGCUGUUGUUCUUUUUUUGAAUUUAUUUUUAAGGUUUCGUGGUUCUCCUCCAAGGAAUGUGAACAGUUUUCCUUCGCGUGGCCACAUGACGAGCUGAACUGAAAACCCUCCCCGGUCCUGUCUCAGGUCUGAGUCUGUACCUGUCCAUGGUGCUGAAACGCGUUUUCCCGAAGACGCCGAAGCUGGUGCUGCUGCUCCAACAGUGCCCGAAACAGAGCUUCUUUCUGGGUCUUUUCGUGUCCAGAAGGUGAGAUCUUUUCAGAAAUAGCUGAUUACUCUUUCCGGCGAGGUUUCUGAACUCAGAGGAGUUGGUACAGAAGGAAGCUAGAAGAAUCGAUUGUGAAUCCACCGGCUGCAUUGAUUUUAAGAGGACUCUAUUUAGACUUGUCAAGAAAGAAAAAAAGAAAAGAAAAAAAAGAACCCGGGAUGCAAGGACGCUCGUUAUAACACAGCUUAGCCUGGAAAUAUUUUGUCUACCAAGAACCAGUAGAGGGAGCGGAAAUAGUGGAUGCAUAAUCUUCAUUUGUAGUGUGUCCAGAACAUCCAGAACACAAUUUGUGUUGGUGCAGGGAGGGGGGCACAUCUCCUCUUCUGGAUGAACUCAGACUAAAACAAAGUCCCCCUUCCUCCCUGAAAUAAAACUUGUCCUGAAUACCAAAUGGUAGUUUGAGGAGGCCUCAUCAAGACAAUGGAGGCGUCCGCCAAUGGGUCCAGUUUUGGCAUCGACUCGCUGCUUUCCCACAGGCCGGGAAGUCCGGUGUCCAAGGGGGACAGUCUGGUGGGGGAGUGCCGCUCGCCUCUGGAGUUCAGCCCGCGAUCAGACGUGGAGAGCGGCUGCUCGUCGCCUCCGUCGCCGAGGAGGGAGUGUGUGGACGAGGUAGCCCAGAGGCAAGGUCACGGCGUCGGCUUGCCGCCUCACCUGCAGCACGCACAGAUAUCUGCGGGGUCGCAGCAGAGGACCGUGACCUCCUCGUUCCUCAUCAGAGACAUUCUCGCGGACUGUAAGCCCCUGGCCGCCUGCGCCCCGUACUCCAGCAAUGGACAACCGACACAGGAGGCGGGGAGGCUGGCCUCGAAGAUAGCCGACGACUUUAUGGAGAAAAUCCACAGCAACUCAUCAUCAGACAGUGAAUAUAAAGUGAAAGAGGAGGGGGACAGGGAAAUCUCCAGCAGCAGAGACAGCCCCCAGGUCCGGCUGAAGAAGCCCAGGAAGGCCCGGACGGCCUUCACAGACCACCAGCUAGCGCAGCUGGAGCGCAGCUUCGAGCGGCAGAAGUACCUGAGCGUCCAGGACCGCAUGGAGCUGGCGGCCUCUCUCAACCUGACCGACACGCAGGUCAAGACCUGGUACCAGAACCGGAGGACAAAGUGGAAGAGGCAGACUGCGGUGGGCUUGGAGCUGCUGGCGGAAGCUGGAAACUACUCCGCCCUGCAGAGGAUGUUCCCGUCCCCGUACUUCUACCCGCAGAGCCUGGUGUCCAACCUAGACCCCGGAGCCGCCCUCUACUUGUACAGAGGCCCCUCGGCGCCCCCGCCGGCCUUGCAGAGGCCCCUGGUGCCGCGAAUCCUUCUGCACGGCUUGCAGGGAGGCAGCGAGCCGCCGCCUCCGCCUCCUCUUCCCCCCAUGUCCGGCGUGCUUUCUCGGCCAACUCAGCAGCGAUGAGCCGACCCCUGCAGAUCUUUUUUUUUUUUUUUUUUUAAUGAUUAUUAUUUGCUUUAUUUUUUUUUUAGUUUGCUUUUUUGUACGCCGAUCCUGGCAAAAAGAAAAAAACACAAAGACAGAAAAAAAGAUUUUAAAAAAGGUGACGAGGAAGAUGAAGGAAAAAAAAACUGUUCGCUCUUCAUUUUCGAUUUAGGAUGAAGGACCUUGAGGACGGAGCUUUGUGACCUAGACUCAGACUGUCUGUGUGCAAGUGGGUUCUUUCUGUCUUGGGGGGGACGGGAUCUUUAUUUAUAACUUAUUUAUUUUUCAUUAUGAAUCGAAACAUCUAAGUUAUGUAUUUAUUUCAAUCCAAUUCCAGUAUUCAGUGUUUGCAGCAGCAGUCAUCUGCCGGUGGCACUUUGAACAACGCCAAUUAGAACUUCUAUUGGCAUUAUUAUUAUUAUUAUCAUUAUUAUUAUUAUUAUUAUGUGGGGGGAUCCAUGCUAGUGGCACAGACGAGCAACCUUCCAUUUAAACAGAGAUUUGAGGAUCCAAAGGAACAAUGAGUUCACAUUUUUUUCCCCCUGUAAAUCUCUCGUUGACUUUUCUUUACACGUGAAGAACAAGAUGCUGAUAAGCUGUCAUAACCCUGUAAAUAAGAAUAUUUUGCAUUUUAACCGAAAGAGACUGAUUUUAAAAGAAACUUUUUGUUGCUUUUUGUUUGACCUGUGAGUGCGUCUUUUUCAGCUCACGGUGAUCCAGUUGAAUAUAAUAGGCUAGAUUAGCCAACGGAAACUAUACAGUGAGUCAUAAUUAAGAAAAGAAAAAAAUCAAAUAAAAAAAAAUAAUAAAACAUAUUGUCUGGGAAAAUGAUGGACUACCUGCAUGGACCCACGUGUAGGCGCUAACAGGGGAGCUACGGAAAGAAAGAAAUCUAUAUAGAGUCUUUUUCUUGUUAUUAGUUGGAGGUUUAGCUGAAGAAAAAUGUCGAGUAAUUUAUUAAAAAGAGCAGUUUUAUCCCCACAGAGGGGGGACUUCACCUCGGUUCAUUUUGUAUUUUCGAUAAACAAACCCACUGGACUCGGGUCCACGCACAGGUGUAACCGCCUGUUGAUUUGCUAUAGAUGUAUUUGAACAGACGUUGUGCGUUCCUUAUGUUAUUUCAUAUGAAGCCGUGAUAACCCUGAAUUGUUAUACUCUCCUUUGGUGAAAAUGUAUAUUGCAGAUAUCAAACUUGUGGAGUGGUUCUCGUAUAUUUCCUGGAUCGUUUCUUUAUUUUUAUUUUUGUUUCAUUUUUUUUUUCCGUUCCUGCUUCCCCAAAUUCUCUCCCAUAUUUCGUGAAGUUCAUUUUUUUGUGAAAUUCACAGCUACAGUUGGACAGAAAAAGGGGGGAUUUGAUGUAAAAGAGAAUUACUUUUAUAAAUGUGGAAAUAAAAGUCUUUCAUUUAA